AUGGUUCGCUCCUGUAAAAAUGAUCUCCGUUCGAGUUCUCAUGGUCAGCUGGCCAAGCAGGAUAAACUCCCCCUGCCUCUUACUCUGGGCGAGGGAGGCAGUCAGCUACCGGCUUCAGCAACCUCUCCAAACUUGGCCUCGGAGUCUUCAAAGAGCACUGAGACGGCAACAGCAGGAGCCACAAACCUAGUCGAAACGGAGUCCUUGUCCAACAACAUAACUGAUGCAGAGGCCCUUUCCAUGGGACUGUCAGCGCAGACACUAAAUCUUCUGCGGAAGCAAAUUGAGCAGCUGCUUUAUCAAAAUCGCAAUCUGUCGGAGGGCUUCCAUGAGAUGUCGCAACGUCUGCGACGACUGGAACGCAUGAACUCUCGCUCAGGUUCCACCUCUGGACGUCUUGCUGAUUUCACCGAGCGUAUGGACCUUCCGGAGGUGCCACGUGAAACAAACGGCCAUGCAGUAAGUCUAGUGAGGACUGUUUCCUUUUGA